CUAUCGGAAGGGGAAGAGAUGAUGCACGACUCUGGCGGUGUCCAAAUGGCGAGGGCGCUGAAGCAUGCAGCCCUGUGCCUGAUGCUGCUGCCCCGGUUCCUCCUGGCCGCAGUCAUGCUGUGGCUCCUGGAUUUCUUGUGCAUAAGGAAAAAAGUGUUGCUGCAAAUGGGAGAGAGGCAGAACAGUCCUGACGACCCGCCGGUGUGCGUCUCUGACUCUAAUAAGAUGUUCACCUUGGAGUCCCUCAGGGCCGUGUGGUACGGCCAGAAAUUGGACUUUCUCAAAUCUGCGCACCUCGGGAGUGCUGCGCCCAACACUGAAGUGGUGCUGGUACAGGAGCGUAGGAGGGUCCGGAUACUGGACUGCAUGAAAGAGAAGAGACCGCUCAUUCUUAACUUUGGCAGCUGCUCCUGACCGCCAUUCAUGACGCGCUUGGCGGCGUUUCAGCGCGUCGUGAGCCAGUACGCAGACAUUGCGGACUUUUUAAUAGUAUAUAUCGAGGAGGCUCAUCCAUCGGACGGCUGGGUGAGCUCGGACGCUCCUUAUCAGAUCCCCAAGCACCGCUGCUUGGAGGACAGACUGAGUGCCGCUCAGCUGAUGCUCACCGAGAUGCCCGGGAGCAACGUCGUGGUGGAUAAUAUGGACAACUCAUCCAACGCUGCGUACGGAGCAUACUUUGAGAGACUUUACAUUGUGAGGGAUGAAAGAGUGGUGUACCAGGGGGGCAGAGGUCCAGAGGGAUACCGGAUUUCUGAGCUCAGAAACUGGCUGGAGCAAUACAGGAACGAUCUGAUGAAUUCCCAAACAGCGGUGCUCCAUGUGUAGUUGAAGAUGCUGAACUGCCUGCUGCUCUGCUCAUUCUGCUUAGGUGUCCAACCCACAGUGCAAAAUAUUCAGAUGCUGCUAUCAGAUGUUCGCACAUGGCACAUUAUGUUGUUUUCCUUGCGUAAAGAUAUUCAGGACUCUUUGACAUAAUGUUGAAGCCUAAAGGCUGUAGGCUGUUAUGUUAUGCUUGUCUUGACCUUAAUUGAUUGCUCAUAGCGAUUUUUUUUGUGUAUGGAAAAAGUCAGGUGAAACUGGAUUAACUAGUGAUCACAAUUUUUCUACAAUACUGGUGUGUGUGUUUGUGUGUGUGUGUGUGUGUGUGUGUGUGUGUGUGUGUGUGUGUGUGUGUGUGUGUGUGUGUGUGUGUGUGUGUGUGUGUGUGUGUGUGUGUGUGUGUGCGUGUAUGUGUGUGUGCGUGCGUGCGUGUGUGUGUGUGUGUGUGUGUAUGUGUGUGUGUGUCAGGCUAAUAUCUCACUCUGGUGUUUCUGUGAAGUUCGGUUUUUAAAAGGCAUAGCCAGAAAACCGGCACUGAUGUUUCUGACACCGGGAGAGUGGGUUCAUAUUAGCAGGAUGCCUUCCUCGACGAUCGACUGCCAAACGAUGUAAUGUUGAAACGAUGUAAAUGAACAAAUGUUUUUAAUAAAUGUCAGAUCACACAUUGAUUU